GACGCCGCGGUGACGUCACGGCGGAGUUGCCAUGGCGUCGCUGAGCGGCCUGGCGUCGGCGCUGGAGUCUUACAGGGGUCGGGACCGCCUGAUCCGAACUCUGGGGUACUGCUGCCAACUGGUCGGUGGGGUCCUGCUGGAACAAUGUCCUGCCAGUUCUGAAGUGGGGACGCGCUUGCUGGCAGUGUCCACCCAACUCAGCCACUGUAGGACCGUCCUGCGACUCUUUGAUGACCUGGCCAUGUUCGUCUACACUAAGCAGUACGGCCUGGGGGCAGAGGAGGAGGACAUCUUUGUCCGCUGGGUGUCUGUGCUGGGCAACCUGGCCGACCAGCUCUAUUACCCCUGUGAGCACAUAGCCUGGGCUGCCGAUGCCAACAUCCUCCACGUGGAUGCUUCCCGGUGGUGGACACUGAGCACAGCCUUCUGGGGCCUGUCCCUGCUCCUGGGGGUUGCCAGGUCCCUGCGGGUGAUGCUGAAGCUGAGACAGAGGCUGCGGAGCCCUGUGGCAGCUUUCACCAGUCAGCUGCCCCGGAGCAAGCAGAGGGCCAUGGAGACGCAGAUGCAGCUGGAGGCACUGGUGCUCCUCAGCAACCUGGCCGACUUGGCCAACGCUGUGCACUGGCUGCCCCGGGGAGUCCUGUGGGCUGGCCGCUUCCCCCCGUGGCUGGUGGGCCUCCUGGGCACCAUCUCCUCACUUCUCAGUAUGUACCAGGCAGCCCAGGCUGAUGGCCAGGCUGAUGCCACCAUCUCCUGAGGUGGAUGAAGCUGGACUCAUACAGAGGGCUGCUUUCCACAGAGCAGGAGUCACCAGGCUGUGAGGUCUCCCCAGGGCCCAGUGUGGGCUCAUGGGGGAGGUAUCUCUCUGCACCACAGGCCAGGACCCCAGGGCUCCUGACCCCAGGCCUGCUGUGACAGAGUUUGCCGAGGCUGCCGAGGGCCUCAGCAACACCUUCCGUCCGCUGGCCAGCAUCUCGUAUCCAAAUAAAGGUGAAUAGGACAGACA